AGGUUAUUGUCUGCGGUUUGUUUUGUUUUAUGAAAAAAAAAAACAUAGAUGUGAUGGAAUAUCAAUACAGACCCGAAAAUAAAUUGUAAAAUGUAAAUACUAAGUAAAUUAAUAGAGGGUUUUCGUUUUAAAAAUACAGCUGUAACGAUGAAUGGAUUUAUAGCAGUUCAUUGCGGGGCUGGGUUUCACAGUGACUCUCUAAGAAAAGACUAUCAAAAAACUUGCUAUACUGCAUGCAGAAGAGCCUCUGAAACACUAUCGCGAGGAGGUAACGCUGUUGACGCUGUAGAAAAUGCUAUAAUAGAAUUAGAAAAUAGCCCCUUGACUAACGCUGGCUAUGGCUCGAAUCUGAGUUGGGAUGGUCUAGUAGAAUGUGACGCGUCUAUAAUGAAUGGACAAACUUUACACUUCGGUGCAUGCGGAGCUGUAUCCAAUGUUUGGAAUCCGAUAACACUCGCCAAACAGCUAUGUGUUAAACAAUGUGAGAGUCUCUCCUUAGGAAGGGUGCCACCCUGUAUUCUCACAGGCCAAGGUGCUAAAACUUGGGCGGAAAGGAUGGGCUUACAAAUUGUUGACGACCAAAAAAUGGUAUCCAGCAAGGCAUUUCGUAAUUACAAACAUUGUAAACGGAAGUUAAAGAGAUAUUCUGUACAAAAUGACCUGAAAUUUAGCCCUUUAGAUACUGUAGGAGCCAUAUGUGUAGAUUCAUAUGGUGUUGUGGCAUCUGGAGCAAGUUCGGGAGGGGUGUCUCUAAAACACGAGGGUAGAGUGGGACAAGCAGCAUCUUUUGGUAGUGGGGUUUGGGCAGAAAUGAGCAGAGAUGGCACCAAACCAUCUAUUGCAGCAUGCACUUCUGGAUGUGGUGAACAUCUGAUUAGGACUCAACUAGCCAAAAACUCUGCUGAAAGCUUACAAGAAUCAUCCCCAACAUUGGGUCUUGAUAGAUGUCUGAAGGAAAAGUUUUUAGAAUCUCCCUUUCUGUGGGACAUCCCAGAGAGGCUGGGAGGGUCUUUAGCACUCACUUUUAAUCCACAAAUUGGAGAAGGAGAACUUCUUUGGGGACACACAACAAGGACUAUGUGCAUUGGGUACAUGUCAACAGAAAUAGCUAAACCAAAGUGCAUAAUAUCUUACCUUCCACCGAAAGUACAAGCAGGACAUAAAGCAGUUGUGUCUGGUGUACCAUUCAAAGUUUCAAUGCAACCAAUACCAGUAUUACAAUGGGAAGUAACAACUGAAACCAAUUUAAAUGGAUCUCUUUGACAAAAAAGUAUAUAUUUAUAAUAAUAAUUCUAUUAUUAGGUAUAAUUAAAGAUUUAGUUUUAUAGAAUAAAACAAUGUUCAUUAGGGUUUGUUUGAAUAACAGUUGUGAAUAGUUACCAAAACACAUGAAAAAUAAUUAAUUUAAUGUGCUUACAGUAUUCAUGAAUAUUUAUUUAGUGCUUAAUGAGAUACAUUGUGUACUAGAUGAAACCAGGACCUUGCCUCUGCCUAAUCUGACAGGUUUCACAAUAUUUCAAAGUUUUUCGAAUUCUCACAUUUAUUUCAAGUUUAAUUUUUGGAAUAAAGGUGUGUUGUAGUAUCCUUGUUCAGACAUUAAUUUAGAUUCAGUUCACAUAGUAAGUAUUAUGCAACAAACUAAUGAGGCAAUUACUUUUGCAUUUAUCAUAUUAUAGUUAAAUUAAAAUGGAUUUUAAUUGCCAUAAAAGAAUAGUCAAAUUAUUGUUAAGAGUUAAUUUUAUUAAUAGGCAUAGUUUAGUUAACCAACUUCAAAAAGAGGGUGGUUCUCUAUUUGAUUGGUAUGUUUUUUUCAACAGAUUGACUGCUUCAUGAGUUCGAUUGUUUAUGUUCUUUAAGAUUAGAGGUUGACAGAGAGUAAUUAAAAAAAUGUUAGCAAUUAGAAUAUUGUAGCAAUAUGUAAUGUAUUUAAAGAAUCAGCUUUUAUGUAUUUUUACUAGCCAGAAACUUAAUAGACUGAAUGACAGUUUGAAAAUUGACAAACUUACUUAAAUGACUGUUACUAUGGCUUAAUUCUACAUCUUGGUUCUUGGAGUCAAAACUGUCAGAAAUGUGGAAUAAGACAAUGUCAUAUUACCUUGUUAUGUACCUAUGUAAAAUCAGAAUCCAUAAAUACUAUUUACUGUUCAAAACUGUAAUGUUCCUAAUAAUCUUUGUAAGAAUUGUUUGAAAAUAAAAUAGACUAUAUUGUA